UUUUUUUCUUGAGGGCAUAAUUAAGUGGUAGAAUUUUGUUUUAAGUCGGUCUUCCAGGAGAGUGGGAGGUGCUCAGGUCCUUUUUUCUUACCUAAUAGCCUAGCUGACUGAAUUAGGUCUACAGAUGAACUCCUGAACCUGGGAAAAAGAAAACAGGAAUGUGAUCACUGCCCUAACACAUUGGAAGAGCAGUCAUUCAAAAGGAGGCCCAGAUCUUUCUUCUGUUCCAUGCCCUAGAAGAUUGAACUCAGAACAAGAGAAAAACGUUUCCAGCAGCAGAUUUAGGCUGGGUGUAAAGAAUUUCCUAGCAGCCAGUGCCCAGAGUGGACUGUCUUGGUGUAUUAGCCCUUCUUGGAAGUUUUUGCCUUGUCAGUUGUUUUUGUUUUUGUAGAGAGGAUUUUGAAGGGAGGAGAUAGUUCUGACUUUUUGGAAAUUAGGACUAGCUAAAGCACAGAAUAAUUGGGGGAGGGGUUUGGGCAGGAGUAUAGAGGCUCAGUGACUGAAGAGCCUAGGUUAAGCAGUGGAAGAGAAGUAUAAAGUCUCCCUAAUGAAAAGUUCCCGAAGCAGGAUGGCAAACCCAGGCUCCCGGAUUCCAGAGCCCUGUCCCUCCACACGAGGCUUCCUCUCAUGACUUCCCUACACGAGUAUCAGUAGUCAGUCUCCAACAUAGCCAAAUUGAGCUGAGGUGGAUACCAGUGUGGGGGAGAAAAAUCCAAUUACAAGGAGAAUACGUUCAUGGGCCCAGGAAUCUUAUCUCAGGACCUUAUUAACCCUCCGGGAGAGAGGGUGAUCCCCCAAUAAACCAUUAAGCUCCCUCCCAUACUAGAUGCAAAUCGGGAACCGAUAGACUCCUGCCUCUCCCUGUGCCUCAGUUUUCCCUUAGAGCCAAGGAGAGCAUCUAAGCCAAAGUGCAGGAAGCCAUGCCGGCCACUAGGGGGCUCAGUUCCGAUGCAGAGACUAAAGCGAACAAUAGUGCGAGGUCCCUGGAGAAACCCGGGGAGAAAAGAACCAAUGCGGCUCCGGGCUGUGCUCCGUGAGCAAACAACCGACUGGCCGAAGUAAGGUUUCUGACCGGUGGGCACUUAUUAACGCAGGUCGCAGCCCCAACCUCCUCCCUGACAACCAGCGAAUGGUUAGAGCACUGCGGAAGGCCACGUUCAUCCUCACGCCUCAGUCAGGGCCUAGCCCUCUGCCAACAUCGGUCUGUCCGCGGGCAGGGUUCGAAGUCUGACUAGCCCGGUGGUCCGGAGCCGACGCUAGACAAGCCAGGGCUCUAUUGCGCGCCAGAGGAGGCCCUUCGCCCACGGGUUCAAGUUCAAAAGGUGCCUGGAGAGGCCGACGGGGGGCGUGGCUCGAGCUGCGGCUGUGACCUCCGGGUCACUGCCCGGGCACCCAGCGGGAAAGAAGGUAGUUGAUUUUCGUCCCGCCCCGCCCCGCCUCUCCUCCCCUCCCAGCUCCGGCCCCGCCCCUGCCCCGCCCCCUCCGGGCCAGAGCUGUGCACCCGGAGUGCUGAUGUCCGUGUCGCUAUGGACCCGGAUCUAGGACCCAAAAGGUCUCCUUUUGCUUCAUGGCCGGGCUCAGAGGUCGACUUCUCCAUGACGCCUUCCUGGAGUCCCCAGGCCCCCAGGAUCGCAGGAAGCCAGGACACACCUGAGCGCGGCCAGGAUUCCCAGGGCCCUGGUUUCCCUGGACUGUGACCCCUCAUGGUUUUGUGACACCCAUUCCCUGUCCCUGGCUUCCCCUUCACCCUUUCCCCAGCCCCCACCGAGGAGGCUCCUGGGGGCUCUCUGGAGUCCAGGCUGUCCCUGGGCCCCCUAGGAAGAUGUGGGAGGGGCUCGGGUCCCUCCUGCUGUGCCUCCUUAUGGUUUCUUCUGCCCCUGGGCCUCCGCCCCGGAGACCGGCCAGAGAGCUGGACGCCACGCCAAGGACAACUAUCCCUUAUGAAGAGCUCUCGGAGGCCCGACACUUUGGGGGUCGUGCCCACAAUUAUUCUACAUUGCUGCUGGAAGAAGCGUCAGGGAGGUUGCUUGUGGGGGCACGUGGGGCUUUGUUCUCUCUUAAUGCCCAAGACAUCGGAGAUGGAACCCAUCGUGAGAUCCGGUGGGAAGCAUCCCCGGAGACUCAGAGUGAAUGUGUGCGGAAGGGAAGAAAUAACCAGACGGAGUGCUUCAACCAUGUCCGGUUCCUGCAGCGUCUGAAUGCGACCCAUCUCUAUGCUUGUGGGACUCACGCCUUCCAGCCUCUCUGUGCUGCCAUCGAUUCCGAAGCCUUCACUUUACCUCGUAGCUUUGAGGAGGGGAAGGAGAAGUGUCCCUACGACCCAGCCAGGGGCUACACCGGGCUGAUCAUCGAUGGAGGCCUCUACACCGCCACGAGGUACGAGUUCCGGAGCAUACCUGACAUUCGUAGGAGCCGCCAUCCCCGUUCCCUACGAACGGAGGAGUCCCCCCUUCAUUGGCUCAAUGAUGCAGAGUUCGUAUUUUCCGUCCUCAUCCGGGAAAGCGAGGCCAGCACUGUGGGAGAUGACGACAAAGUCUAUUAUUUCUUCACGGAACGUGCCACAGAGGAAGGCAGCGGCUUCUCCCAGAGCAGGGGGCACCGGGUGGCCCGUGUCGCCCGAGUGUGCAAGGGCGACCUGGGUGGGAAGAAAAUCCUCCAGAAGAAGUGGACGUCUUUCCUGAAGGCCCGGCUGGCGUGUCACGUCCCUCUAUAUGAGACCCUGCGCAGUGUCUGCAGCCUGGAUGGGGGGGCCUGGGCCCACACGCGCUUCUAUGCCGCAUUUAGCCUGGCUGCUCAAUGGAGGACCCUGGAGGCCUCGGCCAUCUGCCGCUAUGAUCUGUCAGACAUCCAGGCAUCCUUCUCUGGCCCCUAUAUGGAGUACCUGGACGGCACCCGGCGCUGGGGUCGAUACGACGGGGCUGUGCCAGAGCCGCGGCCAGGCUCGUGCAUCACGGACGGCCUUCGAAGGCGGGGCUACAACUCCUCCCAGGACCUGCCCUCCCCGGUCCUGGACUUUGUGAAGCUGCACCCGCUCAUGGCCCGGGGCGUGGGGCCGGCCCGAGGGCGGCCCCUCCUGCUCAAGCGCAACGCUCGCUACACUCGGCUGGUGGGGACCCCCGUCACGGUGCCUGCUGGUCCGACUUACGACGUGCUCUUCCUGGGGACAGUUGACGGCUGGAUCCACAAAGCCGUAGUCUUGGGCCUGGGUAUGCACAUCAUCGAGGAAGCCCAGGCGUUCCUGGAGCCGCAGCCUGUGGAGAGCCUGGUCAUCUCAGCUGCCCAGCACAGCCUGUACGUGGGGGCCCCUGGAGGGGUUGUCCAGAUGCCGCUGUCCCGCUGCUCCCGGUAUAGCUCCUGCUACGAUUGUAUCCUGGCCCGGGACCCCUACUGUGGCUGGGAUCCCAGGGGCCGGGGCUGCCGGGAAGCCGCCGUGGCACCCAACAGGACGGCUCUGAUCCAAGACAUGGAGAGAGGCAACCGAGGCUGUGAGGGCGGCGCCGAUACAGGACCACACUUGCCACCCAGGAACCGGUCUGUGCUGAGAGGGGACGAUGUACUCCUGCCCUGUGACCAGCCGUCCAAUCUGGCCCGGGCCUCGUGGCUACUCAAUGGGAGCCGGGUGCUGAUGGACGGGAGGGAUGGCUACCGUGUUGGUGUGGAUGGUCUGUUGGUGAUGGACACCCGGCCGGAGCAAAGCGGCCACUACAGUUGUUAUGCCGAGGAGAAUGGGCUCCGCACUCUGCUGGCCUCCUACGGCCUCACGGUGCAACCGAUCCUCUCCGCCCCAGCCCUGGCCCCGGGCCCGCCCCCCCCUUCCCAUGGUGCCCACCUGAGUCCGGACGUUCGCCUCCUCUACGUGUUGAUCAUUGCGGCCCUGGGUGGCCUCUGCCUCGUUCUGGCCUCCAUGCUCCUCUACGUGGUCUGCCUUAGAGGGAGUGGCCGUCGCCGCAAAUAUUCACUGGCCAGAGGUACGGGCCGGGCAGGCGGCUCUGCCGUCCAGCUGCAGACCGUCUCUGGUCAGUGCCCGGGGGACGAGGAUGAAGGAGAAGAGGGGACCGAUCGGGCAGGAGGCCCUGAAGGCGGUGGCCUUCGGAUAAUUCCUGGGGAGGGGACCCCAGCGCCUCCCCCCCCUCCGCCCCCGCCUCCCCCAGCGGAGCUGUCCAAUGGGCUGGCCGCCCUCCCCAGCCGCCUGAGGAGGAUGAACGGCAACAGUUACGUAUUGCUGCAGCAGAGCGAGGACCGGGCUCCGACUCUGCCUUGCUCCUUCACCGAGGAGCUCAGCCGAAUCCUGGAGAAGCGGAAGCACACACAGCUGGUGGAGAGGCUGGAUGAGAGCUCCGUCUAAGCUGCUCCCGCCCUGCCCCGAGACCCUGAUCUCAAGCCCCGCCCCCUGGUCUGGCUCCUUCCCUUCCCUUCCCGUCUCCCACCAGACUCCCAUGCCCUAAAGCCCCUCCAGCCUCGAGAGCUGACUUCCAGACAAACACCUUCCCUUCAGCAGAACCCAAGCCUUUAGCCUAGUAGGCCUUAGCCCUGCCCCUCCACUCCUGCCACAGGGGUCUAGGUCAUCACUGUCCUGUAGGACAGAGCAGAACUUCCUCCCAUCCUCCCAAACGAUUUAAUGGGGCCACUGGUCAGGGGUCUAGGCCCCCAGGCCUUUAGCCUUCCCUGAACCACCCUUUGCAGAACCUGUGACCUCAAAGAGUGAGCUACAGAGAGGUAGGUCUGCUUGUGAGGCUCACUGCCCCCAAGUCCUAGGAGAGAGGGUGGGAGGGAGCUGGAAUUCCCCACCCUUCUCCUUCCACAGCUGAGGAGAAGCAAGGGGCAUGCAGGCUGGGCCUCUGGCCCAGGGCUGCUCUUUCAGGGAGUCCCUGUCUCUUUCCAGCGGUGUGGCUGCUCGCCGUCUGCUUCCCACGGGCUGCCUCGUGCUGAGCUGUCCUGGUGACUGGAGCCACCGGAAUAGACCCUGUCCCCCUCCCGGGGCUGGAGAGAAGGCCCAGCACUGCAGCCCCCUGCAGUCUGUGAGGAAGCGUGCUGGGCCAUGGGCCUCUGUGAUUCACUUCCUCCUUUAUCCAGAGCCACAUUCGGGUUACCUGUAGUUCGGGGGUGCACACAGCCUGCCUGAUCCCGUCCAGCUCUCUUUCCACCCCCAGCUCUCCGGGAUGACCCCCAGGCUCAGGGCACUGGGCUCUCCCCCCUCGUCUCUGCGAACACCUCACAGACUCGCUCACACCCAUACAUGCUCAUAAACAAGGUCACACACGCACACUGAGCCCCCCCAGGCCUGCCAGAAUGAGAUGUGGCUGCCCUGGCCCUCCUCUCGUUGCCUGGGGUUCCCUGGUUUUUGACAUGUUUGGUCCAUGAACAUUUCAUGGGAGUGAUUCCCCCCAAGACCAUCUCCCUCACACUCCCGCUGGAACUAUGCAAAGGGCAGGUGGUAGGCAGGCCUGGAGAUGGGAUUCCUUGGCCCUGCCUCUGUCCUACUUCACUGUGGUGCUGUCGGGGUCCUUGGGUCAGCGAGGCAAGGAGACCCCAGGAUGAGGUGGGACAAUAAAAACCCCCGACUGGGGACUAAACCCCUUUGGGCCAGGAUCACGACUGUUAUUGAUGCUGGGAGAAAACCCAGGACUCCCAUGUUUUUACUGCCCUUCACACAGCACCAAGAACUCUCCCCCUCCCCCAGCUGAAUGUAUUUAUUAUGAGAACCAUAGAAGGGCUCAGUUUUAUUAAUAGCCCCCAGGAGGAGGACAGAGUAGGGCAGAGGACAGGCAACAAGUGGCUCAGAUGGGGAGGGGGGUGGGGCGUGGGCUCAUCUUCCCACCCCCUUCCUGUUGGUCAGUAAAUAAUGUCCUCUAAA